AUUGUCAUCUCCAGUCGUGUUGUGGCCGGAAGAGACAGACACGCAAACGAGAGGACUCGAGAGAGAUUCCGCCGCCACCACCGCCGGCUCAGAUGCCGCCGCCGCAGUCGGGCAUGACCCUCUGCCGCCUUCCCAAGGCCACCCUUGGCCUUCCCCUUUCUCUCCCCUCUUUGCUAUAUCGUCCCAGCCUGUCCCUCGCCGCACGUCGCACCAAGGCCGUCUCCGCCAGGGCCUCCUCCUCCUCUCCAUCACCGGACUCUUCCUUCGGUUCGCGGAUGGAGGAUUCCGUCAAGAAGACGGUGGCCGAUAACCCCGUUGUCAUCUACUCUAAGUCAUGGUGCUCAUAUUCCAUGGAGGUGAAGUCACUCUUCAAGCGGAUCGGUGUGCAGCCCCACGUCAUCGAGCUCGACAAUCUCGGAGCUCAAGGACCACAACUACAAAAGGUAUUAGAAAGGCUGACUGGACAGUCUACUGUUCCUAACGUUUUCAUCGGUGGAAAACACGUUGGAGGCUGCACAGAUACCGUGAAGCUGUAUCGCAAGGGGGAGCUAGCUAGCAUGCUGUCGGACCUGGAUAUCAACAUUGACAACUCAUGACAAGCUAUGUUCUGCAAGGAUUGGGCGAGACUUGGGCAGCACUGUAUUGAGUUUCUUUUUUUAACAUGUGCGAUGACAAACACUGGUGUCAUUUACACAUUUUCGUUUGGUACUCCGAUUAAAUCAUUGAAUUUGACCACCGUA